AUGGCAGACCCUUCCUCUUCCUCUUCUUUGUCUCCAGGGCGGGAGCAGGAUCCCGAUCAGCGAGAAGCCGAGAUUCUAUCUCAACACUUACAUCCUCAAUUCACGGGCUCGCUCCAUGAGGAGUCUCCUUUCCAAUCUCGAGCUGCCAAUGAAGCCUCCUCCAGCACAGAUACGCCUGAACCACAAUCCUCUCUCAAGCUCCUGGGAGGUGACAUCCAUCGCGAUCUCUACCGGAUCGAAGCCAAAGCCAAACAAGCUUUGCAGGACAAGAGAUCCGCCAGCUUCUCCCACACCUUCCGGCCACCUGAUGAUGCCAUCGAAGAGGGCGUCGCGGCCCAGGAACCAGGCAGCUUUCGUCGUCAUUUCGUGCAGCAUAAGCAUGGCUGGACCAGCAACGCACGCAUCACCCCUUCCUUCCUGGAUUUCCUCGACCUGUACGGCAGUUUCGCUGGCGAAGAUCUCGCAGAGACGGAUGACGAAUCGGCGAUAACGGAGGAUAUUGAGCAGGAGCCUGAGCGGAGACCUUUGCUGGGUCGGCGCCGGACGACUCGCGUAGCGCGUCCCGGAGAUGCUUCUCAAGUCAAGACCUUCUUCACAUUGCUCAAGGCAUUCAUCGGCACCGGUAUUAUCUUUUUGCCUAAGGCCUUCCGCAACGGUGGUAUCGUCUUUUCCUCCAUCGCUCUCGUGGCGGUCGCCGCGGUGACAAGUCUUUGCUUUCAUCUGCUGCUGGAAUGUCGGAAAGGGCAUGGGGGUGGCUAUGGCGAUAUCGGCCAACGUAUUGCGGGACCGCGAUUCCGAUCUCUCAUCCUGGCAUCCAUCGCCAUCUCCCAGUUGGGCUUUGUCUGCACCGGCAUCAUCUUCACGGCGGACAAUGUCCGUGCGGUUUUAUUGGCGGCGGCUGACAAGUCGGAGAAUUUCAUGUCGACGAAUGUUCUAAUUGCGCUUCAGUUGCCCGUUCUGGUUCCACUGGCCUUCAUUCGGAACAUCUCCAAGUUAGGACCAGCUGCGCUUCUAGCGGACAUCUUCAUUCUCACGGGUCUUGGUUACAUAUAUUACUACGACAUCGCAACCAUUGCCACCCGCCAUGGCCUACACCCGAGUGUCGAGCUGUUUAACCCCGAGUCUUUCACCCUGACUAUCGGUUCCUGCAUCUUCACGUUUGAGGGCAUUGGACUCAUCCUUCCCAUUGAGUCCUCCAUGAAAUGCCCGGAUAAGUUCAAUGGUCUCCUCUACACUGUCAUGCUCAUCAUUACCGUCCUCUUCACCGCGGUCGGCGCUCUCUCCUAUGGUGCCUUCGGCUCCGACACCAAGAUCGAGGUCAUCAACAACCUACCUCAGGGCGACAAGUUCGUCAACGCUAUGCAGUUCUUCUACUCGAUGGCAAUUCUGAUCGGCGUGCCUGUGCAAUUGUUCCCGGCUGUGCGGAUCAUGGAGGGCAAACUGUUUGGCCAGAUCUCCGGCAAGCGUGAUCCCUCUAUCAAGUGGAAGAAGAACAUCUUCCGAACUGCGAUUGUUCUGGGAUGUGCAGUUCUUUCGGCUGCUGGGGCUGCUGACUUGGACAAGUUUGUCUCGUUGAUCGGGUCUUUUGCUUGUGUGCCUCUGGUGUACAUCUACCCAGCGUACUUGCACUUUAAGGCGGUCGCAAAAUCUCCCCUGGCUAAGAUCGGCGAUCUCACGAUGGUCUUGGUGGGAUUCAUCUUCAUGAUCUAUACGACGGCAUCAACGGUCUCUGUGUGGAUCCAGGGCAAUCAGUAG